UGCACAAAUUAUUUUUUCUCACGAUGCCGCGUACGCCGUAUUUCGAUUUUUUUGAUCCGUCGGAUCGGGAAUCAUCGCAUGACUCAGAGUCAGACGAAGAGUUUAUGAAAUACUUGUUCAGUGAAGAGAUGAUGAGGAUGAUCAACUCCGACGAAGUGCCAUCAAAAAGCCGCAAGUCCAAAAAGUCCAAGAAGGCCAAGAAGAAGCUCAAAAAGAGUUCCAAGUCUCAUCACAGCUCCCUGAUGUCUUUAAAUGAUGAAAAUAUAAAUGAACCCUUACCAACAGACACCGCCGUUGAGUUUCUUCCGUCCUGUGGUUCGAUUAUACAACCGUCGCACAAGAAGAGUUCCAAGCCUUUUGAGAGUGCCCUGAUGUCUAUAGAAGAAACAAAUAUAAAUGAAUCCUUACAAACGGACUCCUCUGAUCUUCUUUCGUCCGGGGCUCCGAUCUUACAACCGUCGCCCGACAAUUUUGAACCCAUGCAAAUUAAAUCCGCGGAGGAGCCAAUGCCACCACCAGAAUCAUCUAUAGUACUCAGGGCCCAACCAUUACCCACCCAAAACAAGGCGAAACAGGAGCCGGAAUUACGCGGGUCGGUGGCAAAACCAUUCCUCAAUUUAAAGUGGGAAAAUGACUCCAACUAUCUACCCAAACCGCCAGUGGAGUCCCAUAUGGAUUUGUUCGAUCCCGAUCUGCCGUCGUCAUCGCACAUAUGGAAGAAUUACGAACGCCUAAAGGAGGGUUCGGUGCUGCCGUCAAAUGCGGAGUGGCCCUUGAGUUGUAUGGCAGGUCAGGAGGAAUCAAAAUCUCCGCCCUCAAAUGCCAUGGAAUGGAAGACGUCCGAGACAUCUUCCUCGGAAGCCGGUGAGCCCCAAGAAAAUAGUGCUGCGUACGGCCUUUUCGACUGGGAUGAAAAUAGCAAAUGGUUUAGGGAUAACUCUCAUCUUCGUGUUUGCAACGAUCUCCCUUUCGACUUUAGUCGCAUGAGUAUUGGUCUGGAAGAAGAAAGGGCCUUGGAUGAUUGGAUAAAAACGGAGGGCCUCAACAAUCCUUACUGCGACUUUGACGAAUUCAAUAUGCUGCUGAGCUUAGCUAGGGACUAUCCGAAAAAUCGUGACCUCCUUUUUAAGGUGUUAAAGCCGCCACCUCUUCCCCCCAGAAAGCCAAAUGUAGUUAGAAAAAGGCCUCGUGUGGCAUUCAAAGUUAAGUCUCGCCCAGUUGAUGCUGUGGAGCCGCAGUUCGGAAAACGAGUGCUUUACGAAAAGGUCCCGAAAACUCUUCCCAAACUCGACACUCCAAAGGCAACUGUCGUAGAUUCAGUUGAAGAAAAGCAACUGAAGUCUACACCAGAAAGUUUCGGAUCGAUCCCGCCAAAGCCCCGAGAUGAGUCAGCAAAUCAGGAGUGGCUUCAACAAUGUAGUGAGAUCAUCUUUCACCAACUGCAACGUCUUAUAUUUGACAGUGCCAAGCCAACAUCCGAAGGACCAGGAGCCACUGGUUUCGGAUGUACGACAGCCACAUUUCUUCUCGAGGACUUCGAGGAUAUCGUUGACAAAAACACGACAGAAUUCAGGGAUCCGCAAUCCAAAGGACUCGCCUCCAAGUGGUCACAGCAAUAUGGUAUCAAGUCGGCCGAGCACUUGCGCAGAUCGUUGACCCUUACGCCCAUACCAGUUCGUCAGGAGCAGUGCCUCCAGAAGAUCAGGAUCCUCAGACGUCCCACCAAAGCUAAAAGCGAGCCCUUACACCUGAGCAUCGAAAUUAAGUUCUGUAAGCUGUUUUGCACCCUUGAAAUGAACACACAUUUGUAUCUUCAUUCGGCUGCCAUGAGAGUGGAUAAUGCCGUCUACAAAAGCGGUAUAGGUGUGAUUGAAGUGCGAAUUGGGGCCUCGCAGAUAGGCUGGAUAUGGGCCAAUGGCACUGUGAUGAUUAUGAACGGAAGAAGCGAUGAAGAGUUUGCCGAACCCCUACGCAAUAUCGUGGCCACGGCCACAGGACAGAUGAACUUCAAGGCCGAUCCCUGCUCCGAGCUUCUACACCUACGUCUAUGUUCCGGUGGCAGCUUCCCCUGGAGCGUUAAUUUGGAGGAGUUUAGUAAGGUCCACACUGUUUGUGCACAGCCAUUCCUUCGUGAGGCGAACUUCGUUUACUUUGUGAACAAGGAUCUGCCCGGAGUGUCGGCUAGACUCUAUCAGUCUGGAAUGUUCCAGGUGUUUGCCAUGACCACGGGUAUGGCGGAUGAAAUGGUAAAGCUACUGCACCUGCACUCGGCUAGUUAUCGAAAGCCCUAAAUCACUCGAAGUAAAAACAAUAC